AUGCCCAUUGUAAAAUACCCCAGGGCUACAGAGCCUCUCUGGCAUGAAUGGGACAGGAAAGCACAGAAAUGUGGAUUAAGACACACAGUCUAUGCUGUAACUGGGGAUCAGUAUACUGGAGAAUGGCUGGACAACUUGAAACAUGGUAAAGGUACCCAGGUAUGGAAACGCACCGGAGCUAUUUAUAGUGGUGACUGGAAGUUUGGGAAGCGGGAUGGUUAUGGAUCAUACAGCAUUCCUGACCCUGUAACCAAGGAAUACAAGAAGGUGUACACAGGCUGGUGGAAAAGCGACCGAAAAUGUGGCUACGGGACAACAUUUUACCCCAGCGGGGAGCACUACGAGGGUGAGUGGAGCAGGGGGCUGCGGAGUGGCUGGGGACGGAUGUACUACCGGGACGGCUCCAUCUACGAGGGACAGUGGCUGGAGGACCAGCCCAAUGGGCAGGGGAUGCUGCAGCUGCCAAAUGAAAAUCGGUAUGAAGGAGGUUGGAAAGACGGAAAGAAGCAUGGCCCAGGGAAAUUCUUCUACUUGGAUAAGGGACAGUUGUUUGAAGGUAUCUGGGCAGCAGAUAUACCAAAAUGUGGACUCCUGAUUGACUUUGGCAGAGAUGAAGCUCCUGUCCCUACUCAGUGUCCAAUCCCAAAGAUUCAACUAGCUGAUCCAGAUGGUGUUUUAGCAGAGGCCCAGGCAAGGUUUGAUGACAGCCAAAGCUAA